AUGUCGGUGAAAUUGAAACUGCUGGUGAAAAACGCUCAGCAGGUGCUGGUGAUUUGCAACAAUGGAGAGAAAUACCUGACAAAAGGCGACAGCGACAUCCACCUUCACGUCAUCCACAACGGAAGUGUGGCCAUCGGCAGGUUAGUGGGGAAAACAAUCAACAAAAACAACAACCUAACAAGGUUCCUGUGAAAAGUUCACUUUGGAUUUGAUUGGCAUCCAGCAACACUCCAACAGCGCCCCUGCAGGCUCACGUUGGUCACUGCCCAACGGCACAUGCCAAUCAACUUCUUUUCUUUCGUUUUAUGAGCAUUAGCAUUUGAACGGUGAUUUGUCCUUUAUUUAAUGUUAUCGAUUCCAUCCAUUAUCAGCAUUCGUAUUUAAACUUGUAUUGGUGAUUUCAUUAUUAUUUCUUUUUUUAAUCAGCAUUUGUAUUUAGUUUUAAGGGUGAAUUUUAAUGUACUUCUUAGUUCUAUUUUCAGCAUUAGUAUUUCAAAUUUUAUUAAUUUGUAUUUUCCACGUUAUAAUAAUGAAUUUUAAUAUAUUUUUGUCAGCAUUUAUAACUUCAACACUGGAUUUGAAUGAAAGAUUUCUUUUAGUCAGUAUUAGCUUACUUUUAAUGGUGCAUGGAAUUUAUUUCUAUUCAUUAUCAGAAUGACUUUUUAUAAUUUAACAUUUUUGAAUUUUGAUUUAAUUUAAAUGAAUACAUUUUUGUGACGAGCUUUAUUCAUCAUGGUUUUCAUUUGAUGUUUCAGUGAUGACAUGAGCGAUGGUCCUGCACGCUUUAAAAUAUGGAUUUGGGUUGAUUUUUAGUUUCUUCAUCAGUAAUGGGCCUCGAGUCCAUUUUGUCAAGAAAAAAUGUUUUAUGAGGUCUUCGAAAGCAUUCUGAAUGAGUUAUGGCCCAGCGGGCUUUGCAACUUUUUUUGGGUCUUUUGCGCCGGCCAGCGACGGCCUAAUUGAGGCGGCGGGUCCAGCCGAUGUCAUGGAGCGUCGCUAUUCCCAAGCGUCCUUCGAUCGCGUGAUCGACGCCGCGGGAAUGUGCGUGCUGCCCGGUGAGUGUCGGCCAUCUGCGCUCACCGGUACGCUUAUUGAUGAUGACGAUGACGAUGACGACGCUGACGGCAGGCUUGGUGGACGCGCACACUCACCCCAUUUGGGCCGGCGACCGCGUGCACGAGUUCGCGAUGAAGCUGGCGGGCGCCACCUACAUGGACGUGCACCGCGCGGGCGGCGGCAUCCACUUCACGGUGGAGCGCACGCGGGCCGCCUCGGCGCGCGAGCUCCUGGCGUCGCUGAGCGGGCGGCUGGAGCGCGCGCGGCGGGCCGGCACCACCCUGGUGGAGGUCAAGAGCGGCUACGGCCUGGAGCUGGCGGCCGAGCUGAAGAUGCUGGAGGUGGUGGAGGAAGCCCGCCGCACUCUGCCCAUCAACAUCUCCUCCACCUACUGCGGCGCCCACGCCGUGCCCAAAGGGAAGAGCGUGGAAGAAGCCACCCGCGACAUCCUGCAGGUUCAACUUCCGGCGCUGAAGGAGCGCAUGGCGGCCGGGACGCUGCGGGUGGACAACAUCGACGUCUUCUGCGAGGAGGGCGUCUUCGACGUGCCGUCCACGCGCGCCAUCCUGCUGGCGGGCAAGGACAUGGGCCUCAACGCCAACUUUCACGGGGACGAGCUCAGUCCCACGAACGCCGCCGAGCUGGGGGCCGAGCUGGGGGCGCUGGCCGUCAGCCACCUGGAGGAAGCGUCGGACCGGGGCAUCGCCGCCAUGGCGCGGGCCGAGACGGCGGCCGUCCUGCUGCCUACCACGGCUUACGUUCUCCGGCUCCGCCAACCGCGGGCGCGAGCCAUGCUGGACGCGGGCGUCAUCGUGGCGCUGGGCAGCGACUUCAACCCCAACGCGUACUGCUGCUCCAUGCCCAUCGUCAUGCACCUGGCGUGCGUCAACAUGAGGAUGUCCAUGCCCGAGGCCUUGGCGGCGGCCACCAUCAACGCCGCCUACGCCCUCGGACGCUCGCACACGCACGGCUCACUGGAGGCGGGCAAACACGGCGACCUGCUGCUCAUCGACGCCCCGCGGUGGGAGCACCUCAUCUAUCAGCUGGGCGGACAUCAGGAGCUCAUCCGCUACGUCGUCGUCAAGGGCGACGUCGUCUACGACAACCGCCGCACGCUGCCCUUGUGAAGUCUUCGUGUAAACGACGGCCCGAAUUCCUCGCCGAUUCGUCGCAUCUCGAUGGACUCGAUUCGUCGUGAAUUUAGUUCAGGGCAAAUCUCUUGGGACUUGCAUGGAGAACAAAAAAACUGCAUAGACUGUAUGCUUUUAUUGAACAUGUCAGGAGACUUAACACUGGUAAGAAAUAUUUUGGGUAUAAAAGUGAUUACUCGUUAAUA